UUCUUGUCACUGCUGGCUGGCUCCAGCACCGCGAUUUUUACUUUCCGAUUGAUUACAUACAAUGAGUAUUGUUUUGGCUACCGCAAACUCCAAUUAACAAUGACUGUAUAGUUUACAAAUACUUUCGGUGAAUGUGAUUUUUGUGAACUAUUGACUGGUUCUAUUGUCAUAAUGUCGACCCCACCGCCUCAGCAGCCGCGGCGUUCAUCAGGAGAGAGUAAAAAGGCACCGCCUGCGUCUAGCGUUGUGACCAGAAAUGGUGCUCGCAAGGCCAAGAUACAAACGCGCGCAAUGUCCGCAGGUGCUAAGCCAUCAGCAUCUGUAAUUGCUGCGAAACGAAAAGCCCAACAGAAGAAGAAACAUAAUUUUGUGAUCGAACUCAGAGAUCACUAUCAAAUUGCCAUGGAUUCUAAGACUAAAGUAAAGGGGGCGACGGGACUCGUAACGGAACCGCGUAUGGCUGAGCACCGAUGUCUGUGGGACGACCAGUACCCGGAGUGCCCCGAGAGACUCACUAGCGUUAUUGAAAGAUGCCAUGAACUAAACCUAAUAGAUGAAUGCAAGCAGUUCCCACCUCGAGCGGCGACCAAGGAAGAGUUGUGUGUGCUGCACGCGCCCUCUGUGUACGACUUGAUGGAAACUACGCACCACAACAACGACCUCCAGUACUUGGAGGGGAUCUCCGCCAAAUAUGACGCCAUCUACAUACACCCAUCGACCCACGAGCUAGCCCUGUUAUCAGCCGGGUCUACAAUCGACCUAGUGGACCGGAUAGUGUCCGGGGAAGUACAAAACGGCGCGGCAUUGAUCCGGCCGCCCGGCCACCAUGCCAUGAGGGACGAGCCGUGUGGAUACUGCUUCUAUAACAACGUCGCUUUAGCUGCUAAACAUGCCAUCGAUAAACGGGGCCUUAAAAGGAUACUAAUAGUGGACUGGGAUGUACAUCACGGACAAGCCACUCAGCAGAUGUUUUACAAUGACCCCAGAGUCGUAUACUUCUCAAUCCACCGCUACGAGCAUGGUGCAUUCUGGCCCAACCUGAGACAGUCCAACUUCAACUACGUGGGCUCCGGACUGGGCAAGGGACACAACUUCAACAUCCCCCUCAACAAAACUGGCAUGAAGGAUGCUGACUACCUCGCCAUAUGGCAUCAGUUGCUGCUGCCCAUGGCUUUGGAAUACCACCCGGAGCUCAUCAUAAUAUCAGCUGGCUACGACGCGGCGUACGGCUGUCCUGAGGGGGAAAUGGAGGUAACUCCAGCAUGUUACGCGCACCUGACGCAGGCGCUGGCGGCCGUGUGCCCGCGCGUGUGCGUGGUGCUGGAGGGGGGGUACUGCGUGACGUCACUGGCCGAGGGCGCGGCGCUCACGCUGCGCACUCUGCUCGGACGCGCGCCGCCACUGCUCGACGACCUCACAGAGCCCACUGAUGAAAUAAAAGAAACAAUAUUAAACUGUAUAUACGCACAGAAGCCAUAUUGGAACUGCUACAACUUUCAACAGACGUACUCAACGAGCGGCCCGCCCAAUGUAUGCGAUGAAGCGAAAGAGAAACAUACAGUUGUAGUAAGGUGGGAGGGAGACGAAACUAGACCUGAUACCUUCGCUACUAGGAACUGUUAUCCCGUACAAGAUGAUGGUUUUAAGAAGAGAAUCGCUGAACGGUUGAACCAUCUUAGAUUGGUCACUGAUUUGUCAGCGCCGCAACACGCAGUUGGAUAUAUUUACGAUCAAGCUAUGCUGAAGCACAAAAAUAUUUGCGAACCUGGGCACGUAGAAUGCCCGGAACGAAUAAUGCGCAUACACGAACGUCAUAGAGACUUCGGUCUUUUAGACCGAGUACAUCAACUUACUGCCAGGCAGGCAACGGACCAGGAGAUAUUGGCUGUACAUACUGAAAAACAUUUAAACAGACUAAAAGAGCUGGCCUCGACGAGUCUAAGAAGUCUCCACAUACAAAAGAACGCGUACGACUCCGUGUACUUCCACCCUGACUCACUAGAGAGCGCUGCCGUCGCGACGGGCUGCGUGCUAAAGAUGGUGGAGUCAGUAUUAACAAACGAGUGUGGCAGCGGUGUGUGCGUGGUCCGCCCGCCCGGCCACCACGCCGACGAGGAGAUCCCGAGCGGCUUCUGUCUACUCAACAACGCCGCGGCCGCCGCCAAGUACGCGAUAGACGGCCACGGACUCAACAGGGUGCUUGUACUGGACUGGGACGUACAUCACGGAAAUGGGACGCAAAGAAUUACCUAUCAUGAUAAUAGGAUCCUGUACAUGUCAAUCCAUCGUUACGACAACGGUUUGUUCUUCCCUCACUCGAAGGACGCCAACUACACCGCCGUCGGCGCGGGGAAGGGGGAGGGGUAUAAUGUCAAUGUACCAUGGAACUCGCGCGGUAUGGGCGACGUGGACUAUAUGACGGCGUUCACACAGGUCAUACUGCCCAUAGCAUACGCCUACAACCCACAGCUCGUCAUCGUAUCCGCCGGGUUUGAUGCCUGCGUCGGGGAUCCGCUUGGAGGUUGCAAAGUGACCCCCGAGUGCUACGGACGUAUGACGCAACUACUGCGGGGCCUGGCGGGCGGACGGGUCGUCCUUUGUCUGGAGGGCGGGUACAAUAUCACCAGCAUCUCGUACUGCAUGGCCAUGUGCACCAAGGCGUUACUCGGGGACCCCAUCUACUACCACUACGACCCCAAGACCCCGUGCUCCUGGUCCGCCAUCGACUCCAUCCGUGACGUCAUCGACACACACAAGAAAUACUGGAAGUGUCUUAAAUUUCACGUCGCAUUGCCAGCAGACAGUGUCCUAGAACCACCACUGCCAUCCAGAGGCCUUAUUAUAGACCAAGAUCUAGAGAUAUCAGCGUGCAACGAAGACAUGCAUAACUUGUCGUCUAAGUCAAGCACAAGUAAAUUAGAAAUGUCACUGGAAGCGAGCAUGGUAAACUUAAAUAUAGGAAAGAAGUGUUCCGACGGUAUACACUGCGGUACAGAUGACGAGGAUGAACAGCCGAAGCCAUCACGGAGUACUGACAACCCUGACGCUGGUACUAGCACAGACAAAACACUCGCCAAAGACGCCCCAACUAGUCCUGGGAAAAGGCCUCUAGAUGAAGCCACGAAACCAGAGAAAAAGCCGACUUUAGUCGAUUAUUUAGCCGAGAACAUGCAAUCGAUACUUGACGGUGAGAUGUUUGCGGUGGUCCCCUUGGCAUGGUGUCCACAUUUAGAUUCACUGUACACUUUGCCUGAAGAAGUAAAGUUUGAACAAGGCGUCAAGUGCGUAGACUGCGAUCAUACCGAAGAGAAUUGGGUGUGCUUGCAUUGCUAUAUCACGGCCUGCGCCCGCAGUGUGAACGGGCACAUGCAAGCUCACUUCACAGCCACCGGCCACGCGCUAGUGUUGUCCUUAGUCGAUUUGUCAGUGUGGUGCAAUGUUUGCGACGCUUACGUUGAUAACUCACUACUCUAUGACGCUAAGAAUAACGCGCAUAGGUGCAAGUUCGGGGAGGACAUGCCCUGGUGUUAUAAGACUGAUAUACAUAUGCAAUAGGGAUAUUUACACGAGUAGGUGAAAGUAUAAAUUGCGGCUGAAAUUGAUAAACGAUCUUAUUCUAAAAUCUUCACGUUAAAAGUAGUAUGAAAAAUCUACAUCAAUCCAAAGAUUUUAAGUUGAGGUUGGUUAUUCAUUUCGGUCUCCAAAAGGGUGUUAUCAAAGUAUUGGAAAUAUCACAUGAAAUGCUAUUCCGGUUACAGAUACAUAAUUUAGAGAUAGUACAAUUUCAUCUUCAUAUAUUUAAACAGUCUAAUUAAUUGUUAACAUUAACUUAUUAAAGUAAACCAGUGUUGUAAUCAAACGUUAACAUUCCAGUGUAAUAAAUCGAUGUUUAGAAUAAUUCUUGUUUAUUAGGCCUGAAUUAACAUAGUGUUUUCAUGCAAGGGCCUAGUAAUAUAUCAAUGCAUAUCUUAACCCGCAAAAUAAACCUUAUUGCUGACAGAAUAGAGAUGUUAGAUAAGCUUAGUACAAUGAAGUACAAUAAUAUUAUUCUACAACUAUUAAUAACAUUUGUAGCACCCUUGUAUAUUUAUGUAAAUAGCUACUAUUUAUACCUUUAUACAUUUUUUAUGAUUUUGUAACUAUUUUAUGUACCGUAUGUCCAAAUGAUGAAGCGCUACUCAAUUUUAACUUCUGUUGCUACAAAUUGUUUUUAAAAAGAGAUGCCACGAUAUUUAAGUAGGUACAAGUUAAAAUUGAGUAGCCUUUUAGUAUUCGGGCGUUAGAAUAAUUGGCCAGUGUUAGAAAAUAUCUUACUUUAUAUUAUAUUUUAGUGGAUUAACCUGUGUUUGUACACACGGCUACACAUCGAGCGUCACAUAACCAGUAUA